UUCUUGGUCUGCUGCUGCUGUCCUAUAACCAGUCAUGAUCCUCCAGGCUGCUGUGCUCAGUGUCCUCUUCUGCUCUGCCCACAGUUUUACUAUACAGGCUUCUUUUGAAAGGAAUGAAGUGUACUCUGGCAACACCAUUGAGGAUGAUGAUUUCAGUGUCUCCACGCUGAUAGAGAGGGCCAAUGUUAAUGUUGGAAAGCACCUGGAUGAGCCUCUAGUGAUGUUUGGAGACAUAGCAAUACCAACCGGUCUGCAGAAUGCUGAUCCCUGCACAUCCCGAGGCUGCCUGUGGCCUAAAGCCACCGAUGGCAAUGUCUAUGUACCCUACCGCAUCUCCAAUCAGUUCUCCCAAAGAGAAAGAGAAACCAUCAUCCGAGCUCUGCGGUCAUUUGCCGAGUCCACCUGCAUCCGCUUCACCCCCUUGAAUGGCCAGGAGGACUUUGUAGACAUCCAGUCCCUCUCAGGGUGUUUCUCAUUUAUCGGGCGUCGUGGACAGGGCCAGACUGUAUCUUUGAGUCGCCAAGGCUGUGUUUUCCACCACAUCGUCCAACACGAGCUGCUCCACGCCCUGGGCUUCAACCAUGAACAGACCCGGUCCGACAGGGACGCGCAUGUUCGCAUCCUGCUGCAAAACGUCAUUGCUGGAAUGGAGCACAAUUUCAGGAAGAUCCAAACAAGGAACCUUGGCACUCCCUAUGACUACAACUCUGUCAUGCACUAUGGAAGGUUUGCCUUCUCUAGGAACAGGGAGCCAACCAUCGUGCCCAUUCCUGACAACAAUGUACCCAUUGGCAGGGCCAACCAGAUGAGUCCUGUUGACAUCCUUCGGGUGAACCGCCUUUAUAGCUGUAAUUCAACUGCUUCCAGACCUCGCCUUUUUCUGCAAAGAAACCAGUUCCUCUACAAUUAAAGAAGUCAAGAGGAAAUGAGGCAGAUUGAUAUCUGCAAGCAAAACAGAACUCUUGUGCUUAAUACGUGUGCUGUAAAGAAAUUCUGAAUUUGAUUAAAGUAGCUUUUGUGUUUUCCUAAAGAGAAAUAAAUUGUCUAAUGACAUAAUGACAAGUUUACACUUACAUGAAUAAUUGCUUGUGAAAUUGAUUAAUACUAAUAAUAAAUAAAAUGUAUCUUGACCUCAA